AUGUCUGCCUCAAACAGUGAACAGUUGCCAGCUCUCCCUUCUGAUCUCACGCCAGAAUGGUUUGAAGCCAAACUCGGCCACAAGAUCAAAUCAGUGGAGAACACACGAAACAUCUGGGGCACAGCAAGUAAACUCUUCUAUACGAUUACAUACGAAAAUGAGAGUGAAGAGGAGAGGCCAAAGGACAUUUGCGUCAAGGGAGUCUUCGACCCCAAGAUGAUUGAAGCCCAACCGUGGACAGUCAGUUUGGCUCAACGUGAGGCAGAAUUCUUUUCGAAGGUAGCUCCCACCGUUGACCACAUGAUCUUUCCCAAGGGCUGGUGGAGCGGAACCAGUGAAACCCAGGGUAUUGCAAUCAUGAACGAUCUCGUCAGCGAAGGGUGCACGUUUCCCGCGGAGGUUGCUUCUUAUCCGGUUGACAAGGUCAAGAAUGGAGUAGAACAGUUGGCUGGCCUUCACGCACAGUACUGGGGCCAAAGUCAAGAAGAUCAUCCUUGGAUCUGGAACAACUACGACCCUGCCAUGACAUUCAUGUGCAGAUCGUGGGAUGAAGUUGUUAGGCGACCUGGUCGACCUCAGCUACCAGAUUAUCUGAUGGAUGGUGCUCGAUGCAACGAGGCUCUGGACCGCUACUACGCUGAACGCAACCCACGUUUCCGCACUUUGCUGCAUGGAGAUACCCACACCGGCAACAUCUACUUCACAGUAGACGGACGCAUCGGCUUUCUGGAUUGGUCCGCUUUCCACUUCGGUUCAUGUUUUCAUGAUGUAGUCUACCACAUGACUGCCAUGCUCAGCGUGGAAGAUCGCCGGGCGCACGAGAUGGAAAUCCUCGAUCACUAUCUGGAGACGCUGCACAAGCUCGGAGGGCCCAAGUUCGACAGACAUAACGAUCCUGAGGUCAUGAUUGAAUAUCGACGUUCUUUCAUGACCAAUGUUAUUUGGCUCAUCUGUCCGGAUGGCUUGCAGAGUAAAGAGCGUGUUGCUUCUCUGUGCGAGCGCACUGUUGCUACCUAUGAUGACCAUAGAGUCAUUGAUGUGAUUCUAGGCCAAAAGAAGCCAGAUGCUUGA